AUGACGAACACACAGCAGAGCCUCCACCACCACACGGGCGGCGGCGCCUCCGACGCUGCCGCGGCGUUGAAGGGCGCAAACCUCGCCUUCAGCAAGACCAAGCCCAAGCCCGUCCCGCCCCCGAAACCGACCGCCAACAUCGGCGUCCGCGGGGGCAGCCUCGCUCCGGCCCUCGCAGCAACCGCCGCCGCCGACCGCAGCCGAAGCACGAGCCCGAUCCAGCGCCAGCACACCGGCACGAGCGUCGCGACGAGCACUACCUUCGGCCGCGACGGCACCGCCGACAUGCGCGACCGCCUGUCCUCCUUCCUCGCGAGCAGCCCCGCCGCCGCCUCGACGGCAUCCCACCUGACGCCGCACACGAAGCUCGACCCCAAGAGCCCGAGCUACAUCGCCGCCGCCCUGGCCGCCUCACGCAGCGCCUCGCCUAGCCCGCAGCCGCACCCGAGCCCGUCUGCGCUGACGCCCGCGCAGGUGAACCAGCUGCACCAGAUGCAGAGCGCGCGGAGCCUGCGCAGCCGGAGGGAUAGCCUCGAGGAGGAGGAGGGCAUGAUGGGGCUGCCUGAUACCACGUCCAUACCGGCCACCGGACACCUCAUUACCAUGUUUGAGCGGAGCGAGGACGUCGACCCGGUGAAGAAGAGCGGCGGGGACAGCAGGAGGAGACCUGCGGUGAGGACGAUGACGCCUGAGAGGGAGAUGAGCCCUGCGAGGGCCAAGGCGGCGAGGAUGGGGAUUGAGGAGAGGCCGGUGGUGGUGAAGCCGAAGCCGAAGGUUAAGACGAGACCGAUCACGCCCAUGCCGGUGGAGAGGGAGGUGGAGGCUGUCACGCCGAAGAGCCAGAAGCCGGUUACGAAGCCCAAGCCGAGACCGAUUACGCCUACGCCGGCUAUUCAGAGGACGAUGUCAGAUGCGGGGGUGAAGAAGCCUGUUGCGAAGCCGGCGAAGCAGCCUGGAUCGCCGGCCAAGAGGUCGCCGCACAGGAGGACUGAGUCGGAGCAGGUGGUGCAGAAGAGGAAGCCGCCUGUGGGGUUGCAGCCUGCUGCUGAGGUCGUGGAGAAGCGAUCAAUGCCGUCUUUGGCGAAGGCAGCCUCCAUGCAACCUGCGAGACCAGAUUUGAAAGGGCCUCCUGUUGCUCCUGAGCCACGGAGGUCACGCACGACAAAGGCAAAGCAGGCAGCCCCGAGCUCACCACCAACAGCCAGCAGGGUCCAGACAGAAAUUGUCUCUCCUCAACCUAAGCGGCCAGCAUCAAAAGCAAAGAUCCGGCCGCCUACGCCACCUCAACCCCGCGGGACAGCUUCAAAAGCGAAGGAGCCGGAAGCGCCACUGUUGAGGAAGCCCAGGAGCAUGGCAUCGGUCUAUGGUCACGGCCUUCCGCUGCAGGAGAUUUCACGUCCGACUUCCGCGACCAGGCCAUCGACUGCUGACACGAGCUCAUCUAAUGAUACCUUCGUGUCCGCGUCCUCCGGCUUGACGGCUGUACCCGAUGCAACCCCCGUGAGACCGCCAAACCGGCAGACGCCCUCGGCGCUAAGCACACCCAGCCGCUCGUCUGUCAACAGCUCGCCCACCCGCGCAACCCCUCGCCGCACGCCGGCAUCAUCUACAACGAGCCUGCCCCUGAACUCCCUCUCCAACGCCAUCAUGGCCGGAUCCCUCGCCGCAGCUCGCCUCACGCCCUCUAACACAGGCAACUCGACCCUCUCCCCGCCUGCCCUCCCAAACCGGACAAAGUCACCGCGGCUUCGGCAGACCCUCCGCCAGCCGCCCUCAAAGUCCGACGACGAGGACGAGAUCCGCAAGAAGAAGCAUCAAAAGGCUAGCAACAAGCACUCCCACGCAGAGGGCGCCCGCCGCCGCUGGCGUGACGAGAUCACCGAGCGCGAGCGCCGCCGGUACGAGGCCGUCUGGGCGAGCAACCGCGGCACGCUACUGCUCGCACCUUUCCUCCCGCAGGCGCUGCAGUCAGAUGCCGUCCUGCCGCCGCCACAGGAGGCGGCCGACUGCGUGGCCAACAUUGUGGCGCGCGAGAUCUGGCGGCGGUCGCGGCUGCCGGCGGAGGAGCUCGCCGAGGUGUGGGACCUGGUCGACCGCAGCGGCCGCGGGAUGCUGAGCAAGCAGGAGUUUGUGGUGGGCAUGUGGCUGAUUGACCAGCGGUUGCGGGGGCGCAAGAUUCCGCGCAAGGUGAGCGCGAGCGUGUGGGAUUCCGUGCAGGGCGUGAAGGUGCGCGAACCCAAGGGUAAAAAGUGA